AUGAGUCCUGCCGUGGUGGCCAAGUCCGUCCUGCCUGUGAGCGUCUCCCGCCUCUUAGGGGGUCCAUCUUGCUCCCAGCUCUGCUCCUUCGAGGAUACCAGGACUCACGUCCCACAGACUGCGGUGGGGAAGGGCCUGGCAGCCACCUCUGGCAGUCACAGCACCAAGACCCUGCUGCCUUGCCAAUGCUACCUCCUCAUCCACAUCAUUCCCAGGAAGACGCCGGCACGGAAGCAGGUUAAUCUCGUAGCCCACCCGAGCUGGCUGUGGGCUUGGCACGGGCCUUGCCUCUCCAUCAGCCCCCAGUGGCCCAAGCCGGGAACCCCAGAGGAGGAAACACCUGUUCGCCCUGUCUUAGGGAUGGGCCGUGAAUUCCCCGAGAUACAGAUACUCUGUGCAAAAAACUUGGUGAAAAAGGAUUUUUUCCGACUUCCUGAUCCAUUUGCUAAGGUGGUGGUUGAUGGAUCUGGGCAAUGCCAUUCUACAGAUACUGUGAAGAAUACACUUGAUCCAAAGUGGAAUCAGCAUUAUGACCUGUAUAUUGGAAAGUCUGAUUCAGUUACGAUCAGUGUAUGGAAUCACAAGAAGAUCCAUAAAAAACAAGGUGCUGGAUUUCUUGGUUGUGUUCGACUUCUUUCCAAUGCCAUCAACCGCCUCAAAGACACUGGUUAUCAGAGGUUGGAUCUAUGCAAACUUGGGCCAAAUGACAACGAUACGGUUAGAGGACAGAUAGUAGUAAGCCUUCAGUCCAGAGACCGGAUAGGCACAGGAGGACAAGUUGUGGACUGCAGUCGUUUAUUUGAUAAUGAUUUACCAGAUGGCUGGGAAGAAAGGCGAACUGCCUCUGGAAGAAUCCAGUAUCUAAACCACAUAACAAGAACUACACAGUGGGAACGCCCAACACGACCAGCAUCUGAAUAUUCUAGUCCCGGCAGACCUCUUAGCUGCUUUGUUGAUGAGAACACUCCAAUUAGUGGAACAAAUGGUGCAACGUGUGGACAGUCUUCGGAUCCCAGACUGGCCGAGAGGAGAGUCCGGUCACAACGACAUAGAAAUUACAUGAGCAGGACACAUUUACAUACUCCUCCAGACCUACCAGAAGGCUAUGUCUUUGAAGUGGUAGCGGUCGGCCCGCCCAGCGGUUUGACUUGGGCUAGUCAUUUAACCUCAGCCCUUUGGCACUUAUUUUAUAAAGACAUGAGGGAUCUUAGCAACAUCAAUUGUGAAGAGCUUGGUCCAUUGCCUCCUGGAUGGGAGAUCCGUAAUACUGCAACAGGCAGAGUUUAUUUCGUUGACCAUAACAACAGAACAACACAAUUUACAGAUCCUCGGCUCUCUGCUAACUUGCAUUUAGUUUUAAAUCGGCAGAACCAGUUGAAAGACCAACAGCAACAGCAGGUGGUAUCGUUAUGUCCCGAUGAUGCAGAGUGUCUGACAGUCCCACGGUACAAGCGAGACCUGGUUCAGAAGUUAAAAAUUUUGCGGCAAGAACUUUCCCAACAACAGCCUCAGGCUGGUCAUUGCCGCAUUGAGGUUUCCAGGGAAGAGAUUUUUGAGGAAUCAUAUCGGCAGGUCAUGAAAAUGAGACCAAAAGAUCUGUGGAAGCGAUUAAUGAUAAAAUUUCGUGGAGAAGAAGGCCUUGACUAUGGAGGGGUUGCCAGGGAGUGGUUAUAUCUGUUGUCACAUGAAAUGUUGAAUCCUUACUAUGGCCUCUUCCAGUAUUCAAGAGAUGAUAUCUAUACACUGCAGAUCAAUCCUGAUUCUGCAGUCAAUCCGGAACAUUUAUCCUAUUUCCACUUUGUUGGACGAAUAAUGGGAAUGGCCGUGUUUCAUGGACAUUACAUUGAUGGUGGCUUCACAUUGCCUUUUUAUAAACAGUUGCUCGGGAAGUCCAUUACUUUGGAUGACAUGGAGUUAGUUGAUCCAGAUCUUCACAACAGUUUGGUGUGGAUUCUUGAGAAUGAUAUUACAGGUGUUUUGGACCAUACCUUCUGUGUCGAACAUAAUGCAUAUGGUGAAAUUAUUCAGCAUGAACUUAAACCAAAUGGCAAGAGUAUCCCUGUUACUGAAGAAAAUAAAAAAGAAUAUGUCAGGCUCUACGUGAACUGGAGAUUUUUACGAGGCAUUGAGGCACAGUUCCUGGCUCUGCAGAAAGGAUUUAAUGAAGUAAUUCCACAGCAUCUGCUGAAGACAUUCGAUGAGAAGGAGUUAGAGCUCAUUAUUUGUGGACUUGGAAAGAUAGAUGUUAAUGACUGGAAGGUAAACACCCGGUUAAAACACUGCACGCCAGACAGCAAUGUCGUCAAGUGGUUCUGGAAAGCUGUGGAGUUCUUUGAUGAAGAGCGAAGAGCACGGUUACUUCAGUUUGUGACAGGAUCAUCUAGAGUGCCUCUGCAGGGCUUCAAGGCUUUACAAGGUGCUGCUGGCCCACGACUCUUCACCAUACACCAGAUCGAUGCCUGCACCAACAACCUGCCAAAGGCCCACACGUGCUUCAAUCGAAUAGACAUUCCGCCCUAUGAAAGCUAUGAAAAGUUAUACGAAAAGCUGCUAACGGCCAUCGAAGAGACAUGUGGGUUUGCUGUGGAAUGA